UCAAUGGACGUGGGGUCUGGACUGACAGCUGAAAGAACUGGUGUUGAUUUAGAACCGAAUUAAAUCAACCCGCACCCACAGACCUGGGAGGAGGAGUGGUGGUGGUGGUGGUGUUUGUGGCGUAGUAGAGCCUUCCAACGUCAUGUGGCAUUAGAGCCAAAGGUAAUUAACGGCACAACCGACAGAGGGAUUGAAGAGCAAAGAAAGGGAGAGAGCAAAGAAAGAGGAAGGAAGGAAGGAAAGAAAGAAGGGGCGGUGCACGUGUUGCUGGAGAGCUGGAGGGGGCAGCAGUGCGUGAAACCUGCUAUAAGUAGGAGGGCGAUCCAAAACCGAAAGAGGAGAAAGAGAGAGAAAAAAAAGAAAUCAGCCACGGGAAAAGCCUUUCUUCCAAAAAAAAAACCCCCCUGAAAGUAUUAUUUUUGUAAAUAUCUCCCAGCUAGGGCACAUUUGGAAUUACAAGCCGUUUUUUUAUUUUUCCAAAAAAAAAUCGUUUUUAUCCUCCUCUCGGUCAAUGCAAAUAUUUAUUUUCAGUGUAUGAACAUAGAGGGAGAGAGGGAGGAGAUUUGUAAAGUUGAAGUUACCUCAGCUCUCUCUCUCUCACACACACACACACACACACACACAGAGAGAGAGAGAGGGAGCAAUGAGGGUGAAAGUGGGCUUCCUCUUACGGAGUUUGCUGAUCAUCGGGACUUUCCUGGCGCUGAUGGGGCUCUGGUCCAAGCUCCUCUCAUCCCAAAGCGACGAGAACAACCCCUUCGGACGGCAGAUGCCUGGAAGAGAUAUCAACAACCAUCUGCCAAAUGUUGGAGAUAAUGGACAUGCUGUGAAUAAAUUCCAGCCUGUUGUCCCUUGGCCUCAGGUUGAAGGAGUAGAAGUGGACCUAGAAUCUAUUCGACUGAAAAAUAAAAAUGCAGCACAACAAGGUGUUGCUGCCAAUAACCAACAAAAUGCAAUACAGAAACAGUAUGUUACUUUCAAACCCCAGAAACAUGCUUACUCUGAUCCAGUGUUGAGGUAUGGUGUUCUGGGGAACUUUGAGUCCAAAGAGCCAGAACCUCAAGGUGUUGUCGAUGGUCCGGGAGAAGGCGCAAAACCUUUUGUAUUGGGUCCUGAAUAUAAAGACGCAGUGCAAGCAAGUAUCAAGGAGUUUGGUUUCAACAUGGUGGUCAGUGAUAUGAUCUCGCUGGAUCGAACGAUCAAUGAUCUGAGACACGAAGAAUGCAAGAAUUGGCAUUAUGAUGAUCGUCUGCUCACGUCAAGUGUUAUCAUUGUCUUCCAUAAUGAAGGAUGGUCAACCCUCAUGCGGACAGUCCACAGUGUGAUCAAAAGGACACCCAAAAAAUACCUAGCAGAAAUAGUUAUGAUUGAUGACUACAGUAACAAAGUACAUUUAAAAGAGAGGUUGGACGAGUAUUUGAAACAAUGGAAUGGGUUAGUCAAGGUUUAUCGAAAUGAAAGAAGAGAAGGAUUAAUUCAAGCAAGAAGCAUCGGUGCUCAUAAAGCAACCCUUGGACAGGUACUGAUAUAUCUUGAUGCUCAUUGUGAAGUUGGACCAAACUGGUAUGCACCACUUAUAGCCCCCAUUGCUGCGAACAGAACUACAUGCACAGUUCCACUUAUAGAUUACAUAGAUGGUAAUGACUUUACCAUUGAACCACAGCAAGGUGGGGAUCAGGAUGGUUUUGCCAGAGGGGCCUGGGAUUGGAGCUUGCUGUGGAAACGUAUACCAUUAAACAGUCGUGAAAAGGCCAGAAGAAAGCAUAAAACUGAGCCUUAUCGGUCCCCAGCUAUGGCUGGGGGUUUGUUCGCUAUUGAACGAGAUUACUUCUUUGAACUUGGGCUGUAUGAUCCUGGCCUUCAAAUCUGGGGAGGUGAAAACUUCGAGAUAUCUUAUAAGAUAUGGCAGUGCGGAGGAAAAUUGCUUUUUGUGCCUUGCUCUCGUGUAGGGCAUAUUUAUCGUCUGCACGGAUGGGCAGGGAAUCCACCACCUGCUCAUGUUGGGUCAUCCCCAACGUUAAAGAAUUAUGUUCGUGUUGUGGAGGUUUGGUGGGAUGAAUAUGCUGACUAUUUUUAUGCAAGUCGUCCAGAAACAAAAGCCAUGGCUUAUGGAGAUAUAUCUGAGCUCAAGAAGUUUCGUGAAGAACACAACUGCAAGAGUUUUAAAUGGUUCAUGGAAGAAAUAGCUUAUGACAUUCCAGACCAUUACCCACUACCAGCUAAAAAUGUAGAAUGGGGAGAGAUCAGAGGAUACGAAUCUGAUUACUGCAUAGACAGCAUGGGCCAUACCAAUGGUGGGUUUGUCGAGCUGGGGCCUUGCCACAGAAUGGGAGGGAAUCAGCUGUUCCGAAUCAAUGAAGCCAAUCAAUUGAUGCAGUAUGAUCAGUGCUUGACCAGAGGACCUGAUGGCUCAAAGGUUAUGAUUACACACUGUAACAUGAAUGUAUAUAAAGACUGGCAGUACUUUAAGACUUUAAAUAGAUUCACGCACAUUCCCACAGGCAGGUGUUUAGACCGCUCAGAGGUUAACCACCAGAUUUUCAUUUCCGACUGCGACUCUGCAAAGACCUCACAAAAGUGGGAAAUGAACAACCUUCUUGCAGUGUAGGACCAAGGUGGAAGCUGUUCGUAGUUUGUCAUAUAUAUGUACAAGAUGGAGAAUUAUCUGUAUAUUGCUGCAAAAAAUGUGUACAGCUCAGUGUGUAAAUAUUUUUGACACCCUUUUCAAUGAAGGAUCCAGAUAAACUGUGAUAAUGUAAUAUGAUAGUCAAAUCAUGUAAUUACAAAAUUACAUUAUAAUUUUUUGUUACCUUGAAAGUCCUUAGAUGUUUAUAACUUAUUCUGCUGUCAUCUUGAGACAUGUUGCGUCUUAGUAGCAAGAUGCAACCCUAUUUUUUUGGGGGUUACACUCAGGGGCGAUGAAUAAUGGUGGCUUUUCCUCAAUAGGUUUGUUUCAAUGGGUACGUUGUGAUCAGGGUCGUCUAUUUUGCCCUGAUAAGGCAAGCACUGGAAUUUGAGAUCUGAACGAUCCAAUAUGUUUGGUUUGUAUUUGGUGCACACAGCCCCAGAUAUUUUUUUUUUAAACUGAUGUUUUGUCCAAUGCCUACUGUUUAAUUCACCCCACUCCAACCUCUGACUUCAAAAGUCAUUACCACUGAGGUUCCAAUGGCACACUCAUUUUCAAACUUUCAUGAGUGGGAUGGGUGCCUGUAAAUUUUGGCAUGAUCCUGGAGAAGCCCUAAAAAUUUCAGCUGCUAAAAAAAAACAUGUUAUCAUUGUGGACAUCAUUGAUUAAUAUAGAGUGCCAGAAAUAAUCUCUUUUUUUAAGAGCAAAUACAGAAAUGUGACAUGGGCAAAGAUCUCAGCUCCCUUCACUAAUGCCCUUUAGGGAAGGAAUCUGUUGCCCUUAUCUGGUCUGGCCUACAGCAAUGUACUUGACUCUUAAACGUCCUCGGAAAUGGCCUGGCAAACCGCUACAAAGUCAAAAAAAAGGAAUGAAACUGGACUGACCACCCGGCAUCAACCUAGGCACUGGAAAUACCCAUCCUUGGCCCAGAUUGUAAACUUAUAUUGUAGCUCUAAAGGCUUUUCUUGGCCAAGGAGAUUGAAGAGCUCCCAAGUAUGAUUCUGAUUUUCAGCAUCGGUUUCAAACCAAUCUCUUAAAUCUCUGCCACGGUCUUACCUAACCCACGUUUUAAGCUUUUUUCACACUGUUGCUGUUCAACAGUGGAGCCAGGAUGCCUAGGCACUGUUUUUUAAUCACCCUAUUUAUUGAAAUAAUUCACAUGCAUCUUAAAGUCAGUGUUUUUGUUUUCAUUCCUAAAUUUAUGAAGGCAUGUUUUAGCAUUUUAGGAUUAUAACUCCAGUUUCCUUCACACAGAUUCUGCCAACUGAUUUUCUGUGUACAAAUAUUGACACUUAUCGUCGGGAAAAUUGGCUAAUCUUGAUAAACUCUGUUCCAUAUUGAAAUAUAUUUUUCUAUAAUGUACUUGAAUGUUGGUGGGAAUAGAGAUAUUUAACUUAAUACUUUAGUGUAAUGGCUGCAGCAACUGAUCACAAGAAAAAAUUAACUUAUUUUUUCCUAAGCACUACCACAUCAAGGAAUUUUGGCUAUUCCAUUGUUCUUUAAGAUACUGUGCUAUCUGAGUAUUGUACUUCACUCCAGCAGCGCUAUUGGAUAACAAGUUCAAAAUUCAUCUGCCAAAACAGAUCCUUUGUAUCUAAUCCAUGUCUUACAUUGUUAUGCAAGAUGAUUUUUCACUUUUGCUUAUGCAAACUGUUCAUCCAUUGUAAAUAUUCUCAAAAAUGACAAUUUCUGUACAAACUGUAUAAUUGGGGAGGACUGUUUAAUGGACAAAAAUUUGGGAUGAAAAUGAUAUGGUUGUCAGGAAAUCAAACCAUAGUUCAUUCUGCUGUUAACUUGUUCUGGAGUGAUCACUAAGCCAAAUAAAACUGACUACAACACAA